UGUGAAGGGACGCCAGUUCACGAGCUCGUCUGUGGUCACAUGGUUAAAGCCACCUCCUUCAAUUUGGCCGCAUCCUCAAAAUACGCUUCAAACUGUAAGAAUCCCAACUUGAAUACCCGGGAGGAGCCGAUAUUUCUAUUUCCACGGGUUCAUGAAGCAUAUCAGCCCUAUCUGUACGACGCACGGAAAGAAGCAUAG